AUGGAUGAGCAAGAGGAGAACAGAACAAAGAUGGAGAGAGCAACACAUGAUAAUGAUGGAGAUGAUGAUAGAUGUCAACGAGACUCGAUUCCUUUUGAUCUAGCCUUAGAUAUACUCUCAAGACUUCCUCCGAAGUCGAUUGCUAGAUCUCUCUGCGUGUCAAAACUCUGGUCUUCCUUCACCACAUUACCAAGUUUUACCAAAUUGUUCGCGACACGGCGCUCGGCUCUGCCACCGAGUCUUCUCGUCACCUUCUCAAAAAACCUAAAGCGAUUCGUUUUCUCGUUUCCUCAACACCAGAAUCCUGACGGGUCUUAUCCUCCGGCCUACAUUUAUCAGAUGACAAACGAAGACUCUUGGUUCUGGAAUCAUUCGGAAUCUGUCCAUGGCUUGGUUUUAAUAAAAGGAAUAAAAGGAUCAGUGAUUUGGAAUCCAACCAUGAGACGCUUUACAACCUUGCCAAGCCCCACAACAAACACAAACAUAGAUAAAGGGAGUUACGUUAUGUCUUAUUUAGGAUACGAUCCAUUGGAGGAUAAACACAAAGUACUGUGCGUAUCUAAACAAGAUUCCGAACAGCCUAGGGUUCUUACAUUGGGAGCUCAAGAAUCAUGGAGAGUAAUAUCCAAAGGUAAUUUUCCUUUACAUUCUCCUAUUGGAGAUCAUCAUGGGCAAUGCAUUAAUGGAAUUCUCUAUUAUGAUGCCUAUCUUCGUAUUGGUGAUGGUGGUGAACGCCGUAUAAUGAGCUUUGAUGUUAGAUCUGAAAAGUUCACUUCGAUAAAACUCCCAGAUUUUUAUUCUAGGUUGCAAAUUCAUAUGAUACCUUAUAAGGGAAGGGUAGCCAUAGUUAAGGUUGCAAGUUUAUCUUCUAUUAAUCUUUGGAUUUUGAAAGAUGGAGAUAGACACAUAUGGAAGCAUAAAAUAUUCGUUUUACCUCUUUCUGAGAUAGACGACCCAUUACGGGGGAAUAACCUAUCUUUCAGUGGUGUUAGUGAUGCCGGUGAGCUUAUCUUUACACGAUGGUCAUUAUCUAAGUCGUUUUAUAUUCUGUAUUUCGAUCUGAGGAGUAACAGUAUUAGAGAAGCUUUGUUUGAAGGAAUUGUGGGUGAUGACUUUAGAUGCCGUUAUGGACUUGAUAAAUUCAGUAUAUACAGCAUAGAUGUUUUCCCAAAUCAUAUCGAGAGUCUCAUGUCUUUGUAA